AUGUCAACAAUGGCGCCCGACAAGCUGGCCAAGCGCAAGGCGCAGGCCAACGGUGAGGAUGCCGCAUCUGGAAAGAAACACAAGACCGCAUUAGGCUCCUCAUCGACAGAUCCCGACCUCUCGACCAACCCUCUCCGGACGCCGCACCCAUCGUACCAUGAUUCCGAGGAACACGGCAUCGUACUUCGAAAGUUCUACCCAUCCGAAAUGUCCAAUGCACGCGCUCGCGCAUACAACUCAAAUGAACUACCAAGGCCCAUCGAGCUCCUCAACUCGGCUCUCGCCACAUCGGCUGUCGCGCGCGAGAAGGUCAAAGUCGGGAAUGCCGUUGUGCACUGGUUCAAAAUGGACCUUCGCACCAGAGAUAAUCGCGCGCUCUACAUGGCGAGCGAGAAGGCCCGGGAAGCCGGUGUCCCGUUGAUUGGACUGUACAUCAUCAGCCCACAGGACUUCGAGGCACACCUGACAGCGCCAGUACGAGUCGACUUCAUGUUACGGACACUGGAGAUCCUGCGGAGGGAUCUGGCACAACUGGACAUACCCCUAUGGGUAGAGACGGUGGAUAAUCGAAGCCACGUCGUAAAUAGAGUCAUGGACUUGAUGGGCGAAUGGGGCGCAAGUCAUCUGUUCGCUAACAUCGAAUACGAAGUAGACGAGUUGCGGCGCGAGGCGAAGCUCGUCCGGCUCUUCGCACAAAAGGGUUUGGUCAUUGAGGUUGCCCAUGACGCGUGUAUAGUACCUCCUGGACUGUUGAAGAGUGGCAGCGGGGGUCAAUAUGCCGUUUACAGCCCCUGGUUUCGAAGCUGGGUCCGUUAUCUCCAUGACCACCUCGAGUUGCUAGAGUUGUUAGACCCGCCAGGACGGAACCCGGAAUCGGCAAGAACGACUUUCGCAAAACUGUUCGACUGCGAUAUCCCGCCAGCUCCAGAGAACAAGAAGCUCGGAGAGGAAGAGGCACAGAGAUUGGAGGCGCUUUGGCCGGCAGGAGAACACGAGGCAAUGAGGAGGUUGACCAAAUUCUGCGAAGAAGAUAUUGGAACCUAUAAGGAGAACCGCAACAUGCCGUUUAUUUCCGGGACGUCAAAUCUUUCUGUCCAUUUUGCGAGCGGGACUCUCAGCGCAAGGACGGCCGUUCGCGCAGCACGGGACUCCAACAACACUAAGAAGCUGGACGGCGGCAAUCCGGGGAUUCAGACCUGGAUCAGCGAGGUCGCGUGGAGGGACUUUUAUAAACACGUCUUGGUGCACUGGCCAUAUGUUUGCAUGAACAAGCCCUUCAAGCCCGAAUAUUCCAACAUCGAGUGGUCGUAUAACGGCGAACAUUUCGACGCAUGGAAAGAGGGCCGCACCGGCUUUCCAAUUGUCGAUGCCGCAAUGCGGCAACUUCGCAGCAUUGGGUGGAUGCACAACCGGUGCAGAAUGAUUGUUGCCUCAUUCUUGUCCAAGGACCUGCUGCUCGACUGGCGCAUGGGCGAGCGCUACUUUAUGGAGCAUCUGAUAGAUGGCGACUUCGCAAGCAAUAAUGGUGGAUGGGGCUUUGCAGCCUCCGUUGGCGUGGAUCCGCAGCCGUACUUUCGCAUCUUCAACCCACUGCUGCAAAGCGAGAAGUUCGAUCCCGACGGAGAGUACAUUCGCAAGUGGGUGCCAGAACUAAAGGGUGUCAAGGGCAAAGCGAUUCACGAUCCGUACGAUCGAGGUGCAGGCAACCAGGCGGGAAAGGCCGGUUAUCCGAAACAUAUCGUCGAGCAUAAGGGGGCGAGGGAGCGGGCUCUGGCGGCAUACAAGAGUGGCGUCGAGAGAGACAAGUAA